CAAUGCUGAAAUUCGGGAGCAAGUGAGCGGAAACGACGCAUCGUCUUUGUCGAGCGAGAUGAACCUGUUUCCAGCGGCUGCCUGUAUGUGGCUCGUGGCACACCUCUGCGUCCUGCUGACAGCCGGCGAUCACUUGGUCGAGUUCGUGUCAAAUUACCAACAGAAUGCUGAGAUUGAUUACUCGUUUCGGUAUUACAUCGAUCAUCCGCCUUCCGGGGUGUCGUUCGAUCACUGGGAGAAUCGAAAGGGUGACCACGUGCACGGCGGUUACGGUGUGCUGGAGCCGGGCGGAUUCGUACGCACCGUACACUACGAGGUCGACGGCGAUAGUGGCUUUCGGACGGUUAUCAAAACAACUGCGCCAGGAAGCUCUCAGCAGUACAACAUACACACCGGAGGAAAAAGGACGCCUCCUCCGCAGCCACUUUGGAACACCAAACCGGUCGCCUUCGUGCAGGGCGUCCAUAAAUCGUAGCCGAGCCCUUGGAUGCGACGAUACUGAGCAUCUUGCGAGCUUUACACGCGAUCCCACCGUUCCUUCGGUCUGGGACAAGUUGCAUCAUAGUAGGAUAAAUCCGUGUAAAGCCUUGCCUUGCACCAUCCAGCUGGAAGAUGAAUAUUUUAGAGUUUACCAAUGUUGUCCUCUUCUGUCUGACACAGGCCAAUGCUAGUUGAUAAGUUGUGUUUAUGUUUUCAUGCUAAUAAAUUAGAUGUUUCUACCUACUGCCUC